UUGUAUGGCUGAGUGAGGGACACUAGACCUUAUGACCCUGUCCGCGGGGAGUGCUCGGCAAGGAGACCGCUCAGUACACAAGUGUGAUGAUGGCGGACGGACGCGCGUCGCUUAUUGCUCCUCUCUCAAGAUAACUUAUCACUUACCCAGAUUUAGACGGCAGUUACCACUUCAGAUGCAAUAAGAUGUCAGAGUUAAAACCUACUGUAGAAGAUGACUCUGUACCACUUAAUCAAGACGCGGUUGCGGAGGAGGAAGAAAACCUCAGUGAUAUGGAGUCCCACACGGGGAGUGAACGUGAUGCCAUGUCCGAAGCAGGUUCAGAAACACCCUCCAUAUCGGACAAGUCUAGCCUCCGCAACUCCCGUUCGGCUUCCAACACCCCAACUAACACGAGAUCCACCAGAAGUCGAGAUAAUCCAGAAUUUGCAGCCAAACAAAAAUCAUUCAUGGCCAAAGUUCAAGCGGCAACAGCCGGGAUUGAAAGUGGAAUGAUGAGACCGGAUACACCGGGGAAGAGGAAAAGAGACAGUAGUGCCUCCUCCAUCCAGGGAUCAACUAAAAAGAGAAAAUCAGGGAAAGCAGAUAAUAAUGGACAGGAUUACCAGAAUGAUAAUUAUUGUUGGGAAUGUCAUCGAGAGGGAGUUUUUAUCUGUUGUGAAAUGUGUCCGAGAGUUUUUCACUUGAAAUGUGCAGGGAUGGAGAAGGAGCCCGAGGAGGAUUGGGCCUGCAGUGAAUGUCAUGCUGUAAUGCAGGCAGAAAAUAUUGAAAACAGAUCGCGUUCCAUGCAGCUAAUAUCUGUGGAGCAGCUGUGCACUCUUCUGAAGUUUGCACUAAAUCGUCUGAAAACUAUGCCCGGGAUGGAGCUAUUCUCUCAGACUGCAGAUUACAUCAAAGCCCCAGGCAACAGGACAAAGAUGGAGCCAUUUACAAAACCAGUAGACGCAACAGAAUUUACAACUUACGAAGACAUUGUAGUGCAUCCUGUAGAUUUUACGUCAUUGGAACGGAACAUCAAGCGCAAGUUCUAUGGGUCCACUGAAGCAUUUUCCUCUGAUGCCAGAUGGAUUGUUCACAACUCUGUGAUAUUUAAUGGAGCCAACUCAAAAGUUUCAUCGAUGGCUCGGACGUUGGUAAAGAUCCUGAAGCAGGAGAUGAGUGAGAUAGAGACAUGUCCAGAUUGUUAUAUGAAUGCUCACCAGAACCCUAAAAGCUGGUUUACUGAGGCUUGUAGAUCUGCUCACCCCUUAAUAUGGGCAAGACUGAAAGGCUUUCCAUUUUGGCCAGCAAAAGCUGUAAAGUGGAAGGAUGGAAAUGUGGAUGUCAGAUUUUUUGGAAGACAUGACAGGUCCUGGGUGCCCAUCAAGGAGUGCUUCCUCUUCUCGGAACAGAUGCCAACACCGCUCAAGAAUCGCAAUAAGACAUUGGAAUCAUGUCUUCAGGAGGUAAAUGAACACAUAGCAAAAUUGAGGGAAAGAUUUGGAAGGUUUAAGUAUGCCCCUCACCGUGUUCAGUUCAACCCUUCCGAUGCAGAUCAAAUAAAGAUAAUGCUUCCCAACUACAAAGGCCCUAUUCCCCUCAGAGUACGGUCCCAAUCCAGGGCUCUCUCCAGGUUAUCCGGCCACUCAGAUGAUGAAACAUCAUCCAUUGCCUCAACUGAUAGCGGGGCGUCAGUGAGGCGGCGUAAAAGGGAGUCUGGUACCUCAUCUGCCACUCAAGGCACAGAAACAGAGGCAGAGAUUCCCAGUCGAGCUUCUGUUCAUGGAGAUGAUAGUAAUACAUUUAUGCCAAAGUUAGAGGUGGGUGAGGAAGAGGACAGUAGCUCUUAUUCAAAGAAUAGAAAAGUUAAUGUAAAAAGUGAAGUUAAGGCUGAAAGAGACAAAGAUUUAGAAGGGGAAGAUGGGGAGGAGGAGGAUGUGAAACUAAAUAUAGAACUCUGUACAAAAAGUGGGGAACAGGACUCAGAUGAGGAAAUGGAGGAUUGUGGAAAGUAUCCGGGUGGAAAUUAUGAUGAUGAGGAAAAUUCAGAUGAUGAAGACAGUUCCUCUAUUGUGAAUGGGAAGUCCUUAGAGUUUAGAACAAUGAAUGACCAAAGUGACGAUGAAACUGGGAAUUAUGAUGCUGAUGAAUAUUGUGGCAGCAAGGAGAAAUUUCUAGUGAAAAAUGAGAAAGAUGAUAUUGAUAGCCAAGACCAAAAUGAAGAUGAGAUUGAUGAUAGGGAAUGUGUUGGGGAAAAUAAAGGUGAGGAACAUUUCGAAGAGGAAGAGGAACUGGGGAAUCUUGUUUUAAGUACUACUGAAGGGGAAGAGGUACAAGAUGAUGAUGAUGAUGAUAAAUAUGAUAUUAGUAGUGAACUUAAGGAAAAUACAAGAGAAAGAAAUGAUUUGGGACAAGUGGAGAAAGGUUUUGUGGAAGCCUCCCAAAAUUGGUUGAAAACUGAGGACAAUUUAAACCCAUCAAAUGUGAAAACGUAUGACGGUGAAUCUGUACUGACAGUUGGUAUAGGAAAUAAAAUUACUGUGGAAUCAAAUAGUGACACGAGUGAAAACAGAAAACAUGACAUUGGUAGAAUACAUACAAAUGUAGAUAUUAAAUGUGAGGAAGAAGAGGAAAGUGAAGAUGAAAAUAGGAGAAAGAAGGAAACAAAUUCAUCAUUAACAGGUGAUGACAGUAGAACAGAUGAUGAUGAUGAUGAUGAUGAUGAGGAGGAGGAGGAGGAGGAAGAGGAGGAGGAGGAGGAGGAGGUGGUUGAUGGUGAAGAUGAAAAAGGUAUGAAAAAAUUUUCCCAAGUUAAUUUUGAGGGUGAAGAUUGCAAAAAGAAAGAUAAUGAAAGUGAAGAUAGUGACAUUGAAGAUGAGGCAGAUAAUAAAAGAAGAAAUUUGCUGGAGGGAAUGGAGAGUGACAGUGAAUCUGACAAAAGUGAAAGUGAACUUAAAGACAAUUAUAGUGAAAACAAGAUGGUUAUCGAUGAAAGUUAUGGAGAAAGUGAAAAAAGUGAGGAUGAAAAUGAUAAAGAGAGUGGUAAAAAAGACAGAAAUGAGAGUGAAGAUGAGGAUAGUGAAACUGAAAAGGAAAGAGAGCUUUUGGGUAAGGGAAUUAGUGGAGCUGAUGAAAGUGACAGUGAAAAUGUUAGAAUAGGUGAUGGUAUAUUGAAGAGAGAAAAUGACUCUGAUGGGGAGAUGGAUGAUGAAGAAAAUAGAAAUGCUGUAAAGAAAAGUAAAGGUGAUAAUGAAGGGAGGAGAGUAGAGAAUAAGGAGGAGGAGUUCAGCUUUAGAAAGGGUGAGAAUGUGGAAGACAGAGUUAAGAAAGAGAUUGUGAGUAAAGACGAAACAGAAAGAAAAACUGAUGGAGAGAAUGAGGACAAUAGUCAGGAUGGGGACAAGGAGGACAGUAGUAAAAGCUCUCUCUUUGAUGCUGUUCAGUUGAUGAAAACAAUGGGGACAAUAGCAAUAACCAGAUUGGAUGGCAAGAGUCUAGAUCAUGGGAGUAGCAGUAAUGGGGUCACCAUAUCUCUGGCCAAAGACCAACAGAAAACUGAGGAGAGUGAUGAUGAUAGGAAGGAUGAAAAUGAAGAAUCUAACAGGACUAGCCCAAGUUCACAUAGACCGUCUCCAGCUCCUAAAGUGUCUGAAAGUAAAGAUAUGGAGCAGCACAUAUCUUCUUUAGGUUGUAGUGUAAGUGUAACAAAAGCAGUAGAUAAGGACAAAGAUAGAGAAAGGGAAAAAGAAAAAGUUAAAAUGCCCUCUGGGGUGGAUACCACACGUCUCAGUCCAUCAAUUUCCAUCAUUCCAAUGUCGGGGGGAAGUGACCGCCAAAGAACUAAAACUACCGUUGCUCCUUCUUCAUCGCCAAGCCCUAGUCGUACUUCCCCAAGUGUGUCGAUGCAUAAUGCUCCUAGGAGUUCUCCAUCAGUCACUUCACAUAAUCCACCCCAUAGUUCACCAUCAACUACACAAAGUGCACCUCCAAGAGUUUCAUCAUCAUCAUCAAGUAGUUCGCCUCAUACUAGUGGAAGCGGCAUUCCUCCUCCACCACCACUGUCUCACCCUCAGGCUCCUUCAGCAAGUGGAAUAGGCUCCAGAGGUGUCUUUGGUCCUCCUCCCCCAGGCAGUCAAGUCAUGGGAAUGGGAGGUGCUCGUGGUCCCAUCAUGGCUACCCCUGGUAUGAGGAUGAUGACUGGAGGAGGACCAGCCAUGAUGGUUCCAUCCCGCAUGCCAGGUGGUCCACCCACCAGGCAUCUGCCACCAGAAGCUGGUCCUCUUGCUGCUCAACUUCAUAAACACUCCCAAAAGCUAGCAGAGGUCAUGCGGGCCACUCUAGAGGAUGUCUUGGGUGGUCUUGUCAUGACUGGCACCCCUGAAGCACGUGUGGCAGCACUUCAGUUAGAGUUGGAGCGUACAAAUUGGCGGCAUCAGCAAGAAGUUGCCGAGGUGCGGCAUAAUGCUGAUGUAAUGCUGGUGGAGAUGAGAGCCAACUUAGAAGCAGAAAAACAACGAGCUGUGGAUGAAGUCAAAAGACAGAUGGAACAACAGAUGAUAGAGGGACGAAGACAAAUGGAGCGGCAGUUGGUGGAGCGGCUGGCUGAAGUGCGGAGACAAAUGGAGGCAGAGAAACAGAGAGCUGUUGAGGAGACCAAGAAGAAACAGUGGUGUGCAAAUUGUGGCAAGGAAGCUCUAUUUUUCUGUUGCUGGAACACCUCAUACUGUGACUACCCCUGUCAGCAAUCACACUGGCCACAGCACAUGUCUGUGUGUGGUCAGAACAGUGAUGGUGGAGGUGGAGGUGACGGAGGACCUGACUCGGUGAAUGGUGAGGCAAGUGGACAUUCUUCCAGAGUUUCAACGCCUGUUCAAAACCUAGUGGCAGCACAGCAGUAUGUUGAUGAAGAGGGAGCCGCGGCCAUGGCUGAAGAGCACCGCCGGCGUAAACACCGCGAGAAUCCCUCUCCAAUAUAUGGUGAUAUGGGGAUGAUGGGUAGAGGAUCACCAGCCGGGGGCAUCCCUAACAGUGCUGGUCUCCCAGCUGGCAGCCCUAACAUGGCAGCACUAAGCCCAGGUGGUCGUGCAGGUAUGGCCAACCUUGGUGGUCCAGCUAUGGCGGCUAUGGCUGCAAUGGCAUCUGGCAGUGGUGGAGGACCCGGUGUGCAUGGCGGGGCACAUGGGAAUAUGAAAAUGCCUCGUUAUAUGCCGCCAAGUAUGCUACAGCAACAGCAGAUGUAUGGAAGUGUUGAUCCGAGAAUGAUGAUGAUGAUGGGUCGAGGGAUGCCCCCGGGAGCAGCAGCAGCAAUGAUGAGGAACCCUAUGCAUCACUUCAGGCCUAGAUUCAUGUGACCUCCGUCUUAUCCUCCCAACAUGGAAGAAUAUUACCAAGUUCAGCAAGAGAGCCACAUGUUUCAGGAAGAUGUCAAAGGAAGCUUUUAGGCUGAACAUUGAAUCUCAGAUUUCAUUUUGAAUAUCGGUGACUAAAAGAUAAAAUGUGUGGAGGGAUUUGUCCGGGCGAGAGGGUGCGGAGGCGUGUGAUGUUUUGUACAUAAAGUAACGGUUCUCAAAGUUGUAAAUAUGAGAAAUGAUUUGGGAGUUUCCAUGGUUUAAUAAUGGUGGUACAGUACUUGUAAUUAUACAGGUAAAUAUUUUUUUCUUCAACUUUCAGCUCAUUGCAGCAUGCUACUGUAUAUGUAGAUAAUAAAUUUAACUGUAAUAAUUGCCUCACCAGAAGGUGCAUUUACUGCAGACUUGCUGGCUAUCUGCAUAAUUGAACGUGACACAAAUCUUGAUCUCAAGCUAUGUAUACUAUACAUCUUUAAGUACUUGUGCACUUGGGCAAGUAUAAUUUUCUACUUUAAAGUUAAAUAUUUCAUGUAGGUAAAAUUUAUUAUUUUAAUGAAAUAUAACAUUUCAAUGAUUGGAAACUGAAGUAUAUAAUUGGACAGUCAGCAUAACACACAUUGAAUAUAUCAUUGCAUUGUACAGUACAGGGAUAUUCAUUAUUAAUCAUUUGUACAUGUAAUCAAAACUUAAUGAUUUGUCUUUUAGCAGCUUCCAGUAUGUGGUGGCUUCUGUCAGUCUACAUGAGUUGACCAUUAAUUAUAUUAAGAUAUACAUAAUUAGGUAUAUAUCUUUUUUAUUCACAAAUUAAUAUUUUCCUCAAGAUUUGAAUUGUAAGCAAGACUCUUUAUCCUUCCAGAAGCUUUACCUUCACAACAUAAGGGCUACAGGGUUACAUGUCACUCAUGUCACAAAAAUGGUGUUCCUAGUUUGUUUCGUACUAAAUACAAAGUGCUUCACAGUCAGGCCCCUCAAAAUACCGAUAUCUGAUUAGCAUGUUUCCUGAGGAAAAAUUAACAUCAAUAUUUGUAAACAUCAUUUCAUCAUCAAGUUUAUUUGAAAAGAACAAUUGGAUUUUCGCUGCACAAUGCAGAAGCAUUGCUAUGUAUCGGGUUUGAGAUGCCGCACUGUAUAUUUGUACAUAUACAUAUAAGAACGAGAGUGAAAUGUUCGGAAUUUGUGUAUUUUGCCCAUAAACCUGACCCCUAGUUGGAGUGAUUUAGGACGGUUAGUCGUGUAAUCCUGUCAUUUCAGCAAUGACGUUGGAUUAGCUACAUUUGAGAACUUUUUUCAACAGUCUAUAUUAAUUUGAGCAUCACCUAACAGAUAGCAGUUUCCAUCACGUUUUAUGUUCACUGUGUUUCGUAUGACUGUCAGUGUUUGUUGACCGUAGAGGAUGAUUAGUGCCAUGUUGAUAUGUAUGGCUCUUUACAUAUGUGUGAAAUACAUUUAUAAAAGUAAUAAAUGAUAUAGUGAGCCAAACAGCACAGAUAUUUUACACAUACAAUCAAAAACUUCUGGAAAACAAAAUCCAGACAGGAUAUUGGCUCACACGUGGUUGGUUUCUCUCUACCAUAAAUUCUUUUUUUCAUCCAUUUUAGUGUUGAUUCUGAAUUUGUUGUAUAGUGCCCGUUUAUGUGCAAGUUUUGAUGCUUCCAAGUUAUGCAAUAUGGGAUUGAGUCAUUUUAUUUAUGUGUGUGUGUGUGUGUGAGAAAUACUAACAUCAUGCAGAACUAAUUGUAUACUCUUCACAGUCUUGAGUUAGCACUGUUACUCCUACAUCAUUCAUUAAAGAUAAAUUAUAUCUUGGGUGUUCAUAAAGGCUGAACUAUCCACAGCCUCUAAGGUCUAUGCUCUCUAUUAUUUUGUAAUUGGUUAAAUACUUGUGACAAUACUCAAAAUUUGGUGCUUAUUUCUGAGCCAUGGUUGUGCAAAUAUUCCAGUAGCAUGAUAUUCUAUUGGUAGCUAUUACUUAUAAUGAUAUUCGUACUAGUUUAAGAUAUGUGUAUGAUAUUAUUUUUGGACAGGUGUGGUAUUGUGUGAGAUUGUGUAGAUAACUGAUUCAGUUCUCAUUGUACUGUAUAUUUUAAGAUGCUUAAUAAUGUGCAGUAUGUGGACCAGUAAAUGGUAGUUGGUAUCGGUAGGGAUUGGAAAUAAUGUCCCGAGUUAAUAAGGCCAAAAGUGUUUAAGACUGUUAAUAUUUAUAUAACCGAAGAGUCACUUACAUGCUGUGAACCUGUCUGAAGGAUUAGGUGAGUUCACUCCUUUAAUAAAUGGGCUUUUCAGGCAUCAUAAAGCAAAGACAUAUAGUGGACUGCACAACUAAAAGAAGAAAGAGACAGUUACAUACAGAAUUCAUCAAGUAAUGUUUCAGUCUUUGACACUGUAAGGUGUUGGGAAGAUGAGUUAUGGUAUAGUCUUCAUGUGACCAACCUUUAAUACUGGAGGAAACAAGUCCUCCAAGAUAUAAUGAUAAAUUUGCCAAAUUUUAUAUCUCCCUGAAAGAGAAUAUUGUAAAGUGGAAUUUAAUAAACAUAUUAUCCAUGACUAGCACCCAAAUUUACUUUCACUGAUUGACAUGUUUAUUAAGUGUAUACUGUAAUAUAUUGUCCUGAAUGGAAUCACCAUUUAUGAUCUAAUGCCUUUCAGACUGACUUGUGUGUAUCACCUAUGUCUUUGAGUUUGGAACACAAAUUCUUUGGCUAAAGGUGGGUGGGGCUAAUCUAAAGAUUAAUCAACCCUUCUGUAGCAACUCUAGCCUUAAAAAAGGGUCUGAGAUACCAUAAUUAAUGCUUAAGGCUGAGGGUUAACAAGUUAUUAAAUCACACAACAAUCUGUAACCUGUUUUUCAUUAGACAGACCCAGCCACAGACAACCCCCCUCCCUUGCCUCUGUCAGACUUGGGGUCUGCUGACUCCACCUCUAAUUUGGGGAAAAGCUAAGUACAUGACCUUAACUGCUGUGUACUGGGAAGUGUUGCAAGCAGAGCUUAGCACCUCUGUGUUAUGUAACUGGUAAAGUGUGUGUUUAGCUUCCUAUUCAUUGUUUUCAAAGUGUUUGCCUUCAAUAAGAACCUAAAUAAAUGCAGCUGGUGUGAUGGUUCAUGGAGUUGUAUCACCCACACUUUGACUGUCUUGGCCAUGCAUAUUAUUAGGAACUAAUUCUUACAGCAGAUACUUUGUUGAAGAGUUUGUAGGUGCUUUCUGAAUAGUUGUUGGAUCAAUUCUCUUGGAGUUUUCACAUUGGUGAAUUUGUUUACAGUGUUGGAUAAUCAACUCCCAAUUUUUUUGUAGUUCUUUCUGGAAGGUUCCACACGUGUGCAAGUUAUCUUAAAACUUAAGUAAGUGUAAAUAAAGUACACCGACCUUAGCAGAAGCUUUUUUUCCCCCUAAUAUGAUUUGAUUUUCCUCCCAAUGCUGUUUAGUUCAAGACUUAUUCAAACUCCUUUUUUGACUGACUAAGAAAAUAGAGAAAGAAUUUAUAUAGUGAACAGGUCCUCAAUUUUACAAGUUGCCUGUGUGGGUUUUCUAGGUAUUGUUUUUACACAGUUAUGUUUAGUUUGAUCUGUUGGGUUUAGAUAUGGAUAUAGAGCCUCCAAGGUAAUUGGUUGAUAUGAAUUUUAUCAACUGGCUGUGUUCACCAUCUCCUUGAGAGUGCAGUGUACUGUAUUAUUAGUGUAAGUAGGCCAUGUUAUACCACUUACACGAGGAUCCUAACUUUCUGUGGGACAGUGGUUUAUAUUUUUUCCUGUUGUCCAGGACAACACUGGAGAGCUACAUGGUUGAGGGGAGUUGGUAAAGUUAGUUCCUUUUGUCUAGGUUUGUCACCUCUACUAUUAUAUUAUGGACUUAAUUUCCCUUUUGGACAUUGACCAGCUUUUGGAGCUUCAAUCCACCACCUUCUUUUCUACAUCUGGCUUCGUUACUUACGUUGCUCUUGAAAGACAUUUGGUAACAAAUGUCUUUCAAGCCUCUAAUCCUAUUUUUCUGACUGAGCCUGUAAAGGUAAUCCAAGUUUAUUACUUCACUUAAGGUUCCAUGAGGCUAAAUGAGCUGGAAGCAAGGGGUGCAGUCUGUCAGUGAAGAGAAAGUUGUACUCUGUGGUUUCACAACUUGUUUCUUAAGCCCCAUUUUAAGGGCUAGAGUUGGUAUGGGAGGUUUAUUCAAUUUUUAGAUUAGAGUUCCUUGGUGUACAUAUACAGGAGUCACUCAUUCAAUACUUGGUCAUAAAAUGGAAUUUCAGACUGAAUCCUUCAUUUUGUUCUUUAUCAUCUCUGAGAUAAUCUUGGCUUAUUUAACAUUCUUGAAGAAAAUUUUAGUUUUUAUAUAUACAAUAUGUAUUGAUAUUUAUUAUACAGUAUAUAUAUUGUUUUGAACUUGUGAUUGAUUAUUAUUGGGACUUGUAACUCAUGUGCAGUGAUAAGAUGGUACUUAAAGCUUAAACUGUUGUCCUGAUCUAAGCCUUGAUGGGUGGCAGGUAGGAUUUUAUUGAUACAAGCUGGGUACACCUGGAGGUUGUGUUGUAUAUGUUUAAGGUAUUUUUAUACAUGCAUUAUGUAUUAAUUAAUUAGGUUCUUUUUGUGUUCUUUAUUUUCUUAUAUUUAAUUUACUUGCAAGGUAAUUUUAUUUAAUUAUUUCUUUCCAUUUAAUUUUCUUCACAUUUUAAGGCAGUUGUCUUGAAGCAGUUUUGCUGUUUACUGUAGUGUGUGAGAAGGAUUUAGGCCUGUAAGUCAUUUCUCUCAGUUCUUAUAUGGAUAAAAAUAGUACCAGGUACCUUUGGUUAGUACUAAGGUGAGGGUAAGCAAUGUAAAAUUGAACAGCAGUGUUUCUCUUUAUAGUCAUUUAAAUGUUUGCAGAUGAUUCAGUACACAUGGUGUCACCUAAUUUGGGUAAGAAAAUGAAAUGUAUGGUUGAGGAGGAAGAUGUUAACUUGGAGGGCACUCAGAGGGGUCUGUGUUCACUAUAGGUUGGCUGUCUUUCUGUUCAUGACUAUAGCAGCUGUGGUCACUCGUUAUUGUUGUAAAGUCCUGGACAAAAUCUGUCAUUUGAUUUCUCUCAGGAGGAUUUUGCUCCACUACUUAGGAACAUCGUGAUUUUGUGUAACAUCCUUAAUGAAUAAACAUUAUCUGUGUUUAAAUUCAUUUAUGCUACAUGUCACAUUACAAAGCAGAGUAGUAAACAAUUUAUGAGCCUCUUCUAUCCGAUACAUUAGUACUUCAGGUUUGCCAGUUUCGUUAUUUACAAAUGGAUAAACACUUUUGUUAUAAUUGUAAAGUUUUGGGUCAUUGUUCUUUCAGGUAUUAGUUUCAGUGCUAAAGGCCAACUUUAAAGUGCUCCUACAUGCUGAAGAAUUCUACAUUUUGGUAUAAAUGUUAUGGCAGCUAAGAGGGUGAGGAGGAUGUGAGUUAGGGGUCUUCCCGGUAAUGUAUCUCACAUGAGUGCAAGAAUUUACUUCAUUCAGUCGGGGAGUUUAAGUUGAUUGACACAAGGUUACAUGUUAAGAUGUUAAGAAAAUGGAAUGUAGUUAAAAUUGUCAAUGCUUUUUGUUAUGAGUCAAAAAAGAUAGUCUUCUUACACUGGAAGGUCUAUUGUCACCCAUGGAAGCAAUAGGGACAAAGAAAUGUAGUGCCUUUUGCUUCCAUCUUUGACCCUUGUUUGGUAGUUUCUUGCACUCCUCAUAGUCCAAAAUACAUGUCAAAGACUGCCAAAACUCAAUUAUCUUUUUUUUAUUCUCUCACAAUAUUGUACCUCUCAUAUUCCUACCUUAUGCACUCUGCCUUUUCUUUAGCAUAAACGCUAAAGAAACUCAUCUUGUUUUUUGUUUUUGUUUUUUCGGGCCGAGCAAGUGACAGUUACUCAACUUAAAAGGUAGACAAACCAACAUAAAUGUCAAGUAGUCUACCUAAAGAGUGAACAGACCAACCAGCAAGUGUCAAAUACCCCUCUUACAGGAUUGACCAGCAGGGGGCAACUACAUCAGGGUAGACACACCAAUAAGUGGAAAUAUCCUUCUUAUGUUUUCCUCUUCUGUUGCCUCAUUUUCCUUAAUCCAUAAAAGUGGGGUGAUUAGUAUUUAAUAGUUUGUGAAUACUUUAUGUACCAUCCUGCUUAGAACAUGAGAAAAGGCAAGUUGCUGGUGAUUCCUUCCACAAACUGGCUACAGAAUCACAGAGGAGAUAGGACAAACGCAUAAUUGCUGUACAAUAUAUAUCAAUUUCAGCUGUUGUCUAAACCCACCCAUGUUAUUCACAUUUACUUAUUUUGUAAAUUAGUUAUCAAAAGCCGUGGAAUUGUAUUAUUUAAGUAACUGACUAUUUUAGGGCCAAUUAUGUUCUAGUAAUGAAUAAUAAGGAAUGUAGGCAUCAUUUCAGUUACCUGAGUGCAGCAUUUUUAAAGUAGUUACAGUACUCAUUUAAUUUCUCUUCUCUGCUGUUACUUUACAACUGUUAUAUUGAUGGUGUUACUGUGUGUUUUAUUACAGUUUGUUAUUCUCUUAAGCUCUUAGUGUUUUAAACUGAACAUAAUUCAUAUUACAGGGUAUAUGGAGUAGGUCCUUGGCCAUCAAAUCAUGUACGUAUAUACAAUAGUCCUCAAGUAUUAUUAGUGAGAUAACUUAAUAUUUUUCUGGCUUAUGUCCUCUAGUCAAGUGGCUCUUCUAGUGCUGGUAACUUUCAGGGAUACUGUACUGGGUUCCUUGUCACCCCAUUUUAUUAGCAAAGUUGAUCUGUUAAGUCAUUUUGAAUAAAACCGUCCCCUUCUUUCCCCAUCACACCAAUUUACCUCAGAGGAGAAGAUGAGGUGUUCUCUUGGAGAAAUUAAAGAGUUGAACUGAGAGUAAACAUGUUUUUCUGACUCUGGAGUGAGCCACCAGCAUUGUCAAAGUAAGCAGACAACAACACAGCCACAAGCGCACCCAAACAUUGGCACGAAAAUCCUAAAUAUCAUAUGAUGUCCACUGCCCUUCUGAGUUUUCCUCUCAAACAUCAUAUGAUGUCUGCCAUCCUUUAAGGGUUAUUAGCUGUAUCUGUUCAGUCAUACUUCACACCAAAGCUAUUUGUUUUCAUCAUUGUUCUGGUCAAUCCACAUUUUAAAAUACUGUUCCCAGUUGACUGAUAAUCAAGAGCAGAUAUUUCACACUAGCUCUGCCCUGGCCUGAUAAUGUUACUACUAAAACCUAAUGCCCAGCCCCUUUAUGAAAGAUGAGGGAUUAUUGAUAGAAAUAUCACAGUUCUUGAAGUUAUCAUUCAAGGAAGACCAAUGUUAUGUUUUUAUGUUCACUAUUUCAUAAGAUUUGUUGACUUUUUUUUACCAUCUCCCAAUUGUGAAUUAGUGUAUUGGCUUAGGUGGCCAGCCUUUUGGCCUCACACCACCUGCUGUAAAAUUUCUCUGACAUCAUACCUCCGUCCAAGUUAUUUGUGGAUUUAGCUCUUUGAGAGACCAUCACCCCAAUGAUGGAAGAGAUGUGAGCUGGCUCGUGAGCUCAGGAUAACCAUGAGCUGGGUGCUGGUUUGGGGGUUAUGUUUGAUGACCAAGCUUGGUUGGUUUCAUUCUAUUUUCCUGGGGAUUUAGUAAGCUUACAUUUGAUGUUUUUGGUUAAAUCAAUUUGAACCCUCAUGAGUCUGCAACUAGCUUGGAUGAGUUUGGCUAGUCAGUGAAGAGCAUUUUUGUUAGAGUAUACUGUAUACUGUAUAACACAUCUUAAUCAGACAAAUCUAAGGUACCUCCAUGCAACCAUAGUAUACCAGUGGAACCUUCAUACAAUUGACAAAUCUAGACCUGUUUGCCUCUGGACUUUGCCUUAGUAUUAGAAACCACUCAUGAUGCAUUUGAAUGUGAAGUUAUGAAAAUUGCAGAAAGAGUGAUUGAGAAAUUUAUAUGAAAAGAGUGGACACUAAUGUAAUGUACAGGAGUUUGGCUUCAUGCCAAGCAAGGGAACUACAGAGGCAACUACAAGAGAAAUAUAGAUGGACGGGAAGGAAAGAAAGAUUGAAUCUGGCAAAACAAGUAUUAAAAAAGUGGUGUGAGUGAAAGACCUGUGGUGUAAAGUGGAAAAUGGCCAUGUUCUGUCUUUAAGUAAAGUUUUGGCAAUAACUCGAUAAUCAGUGCAAUGAGUUUGGAAGGUGAAUACAGAAGAGGAGUAGUAGAGUAGAUGGCAUACUGCAUUACUUUGCUGACUUUGGUGUGGCAUGUGCAGGCAAUCAUGUGUCAAUGGGUGACAUGAUCAAUGCUGGAAGUGGUGCUAAAUUCAGCUCAGUUGCAGGAAUCAGAAGUGGAUGAUAUAUAUAAACUUAAGUGAACUGAAAUGGCAUUGGUGAGGUGGAUAUGUAAUGGGACAUUAAAAGAUAGGAAAUGCUAUUCAAAGGUAAGAGGGUGGCUGGGUACUAAGAGCACAGUAUUGCUGAGGUUUUACAUAGAGGUAGGCCAAGAUAGUUUUGUUAUGUGGAGAGAGUGGGGGGAGACCAACUAGGUCAAGAGAUCCCAGAGUCUAAAUAUGGAGGGGAGAGAGCUUGCAGACCGAGAAUAACACGAGGAGAGAGAGGCCGUAAGAAGUGACCUCAGAGAUAAGAAACUGAUAAGAGAAGUUGCAAAAGUCCAUGCAGCAUGGGGAGUUGCCAUCAGCUAAACACUGCUAACCCAACUCGCACAAGCAUGGAUAAUGGAUAUUUCUAAUCUAACACACCUGCUAAGUUGCAACUUAACGUCGUUUUAUAGUAAGGUUUGGAGUUAUGAGAUAAUGAGGUUUAGAUUAGAGUGUUCCCUUUUUAAUGAGAACUCCUUAUAAGUGCUUGAGUGUAAAAGCUUCUUGUACUUAAUGCAGGUUAUGUUAGUUAUGUUGGCACUGAAUAAUCACAAACGGUUGCUCUGCUCAUCAGUGGGAAGCUGGUAGUGAUUGAGAGAACGGGUUUGAUUUGAUUUCCCUAAGACAGAAAAACAUUUAUUUUGUCUUACUAAGACAGUCUUGUCUUGCAUAGUUUAAAACUGCAUGUGGGCAUUGAAGAACUUCUCUGGAACUUUCCUUCACCCUUUGGCUUAGUAUUAUAUCUCAUCUUAAAAAAAAUUGGAUUGGACCCCCACGAGAAAGAGAGUGCCUAGCUUGGUGAACUUCCAACCUUUCAGUUUCAUUUCCUGUAAGCAGUAUUAGUAUGUAAAUUGGUCUGUGUAAAUUUAAUACAACAGUACUGUACUUUCUUACUUUGAAACUGGUAGUUAGGCUAAUGCUAAACCAAGUGUAUUAAAGCUACUUAUGUGGUCCUUCUCCCAUAGAGACUUUGCACUGCCUUGGAGUGGUAGAGGGGAUGCCUUUAAUGGAAAAUGAAAUGGAAGUGUGGUUUUUGUCUUCUCAGUAUCUCUGUAUUAACUUGAGUGAAGGAAGUUUUGGUUCCUCAAUACUUCCACCAAUAUGUGGGAGAAUCUGUUCAUAAGAGAAGUACAUUAGUGUGUUAUAUUUUUUUUUAGACAUGUCAUUAUUUGCUUGUGCUGCUAAACAGGAGUCAUCAAAAUUUAUUUCCCUGUAGGAAAUUUCCACAGUUGUGAUUUUUAUUACAACUCAGUUCUCUUGCUAUACCACUGUAAAGCUUAUUGAAGGAACAUUGAAUGUUCAAGCAGAAGAUUUGUCUGGAGAGGCAGUUUUACCUACUGAAUGGAGUUUGAACAACGAGUCCUCUUUUGGUUUAUUCUUGUGGAUUUCAUUGUCUAACAAUAAGACUCAAUUAUUAUUUAUCUUUUCCUUAUGACUGCACUCAUAGAGUGAGUGUUAUCGUUAUACAUAAAAACUUUUGAUGGUUUCUGUUUAUUCACUUUUCCCACCAAUAAGAGUACAGUGCUUUAGGUGUUACAUGGAAUUUUGGUCUUGAUAGUUCCUUUUUAUUAGUAUAGAUGUCAGAUCUUAUCAGUUCCCUUUAAUGUUCUUUGUAAACCUUCUAUUUCUUACUAUAGUACUUAUGUUUUGGAGAAGAUUUCCUGUUUACUGCUCAGAUUACAGACAACUAAAUUGACAGUGUCAAAGGACUGAACAGUAAGGGGAGUUAGUGAAGGUAUAUUAUAUUCCUGAACUUAAUAAAUGGCAAAUAAUAAAAGGAUCAACUAUGGUAAGGGGCUCUUAGCAGCACUGCCUCAUCCCUGUUAUCUAGCUGACUUUGGAUUAUGAGGGCUGCUUGCCUAAAGGGCAUAAGCUUGAAGUGGAUAUUUGAACCUUAAAUCCUGUUUUCUUAGCAGAGCUUUGUCAACGCUUUUUGGGUUUUAGAAUGGUGGAUUGAACUUAAAACAAAGAUGGUGGAAUUUAACUUAAGCUUGAAUUAUGCUGAUUGGACAGACAUUAUUCUAAUUGUCUUCCCAUCUCCAUAGGACAACUGUUGCACCUAAUGUAAUGUGUAUGGGAGAGUAAUUGGUUUACCCAAAAUGAGUUAAUAAUCAAUCCUGUGAUACAAUGAGGUACAUUAACCCUUAAACUGCUCACAUCCUCCCAGACCUUACCUCAUAUGCCCAUAAAAUUAACUAAGGAAAAUUUUACAUUAUGAAAAGAUAGUAUUCUAUGUGAAAAUAAAAAGUAACAUAUACUCCUGCCUUCCCUGUGUCAUAUGAGUGCAUAGAACGUGUGGCAGCAAAAACCCCAAAGCGGUGACCAUCAGCCUUACCUAGCAAUAACUCGCUCUCACUUGUUUCGGAUUCUGAUACAUCAGACCCGAUACUUCCUCUUCAUGACUGCUGAAGACGAUCCUUUGGUACUUGCUUGGGGUAAUAAACAUGGGAUGCUUCGGCUUCUUCCAAGGGCUCUGGCAGGAAGUGCCGGGUGGUAUAUCGUUUAUGGUGGCUAGAGUGUAACUAAGCCCGUGUCAUGAGUAGGCUCGCUUAUCUUUCCACAUCAGUACAGAAACCCAUGGGUGCCUGGAGCAACCACUUGUCAUCUGUGGCCUUGAAUGUUUCGUGGAGUAGUUGCAUAAGAGGCAUGUCAGUGCCAAGCAGUUGAAAGGUUAAGGGACCUAGCACACCUAUUUGAGCAGUCCAUAUUAUGUGCUGUCUGACUAUGAGUUCUACCAGAAAAUAGGAUUUUGGGAUUAGUUCACCAUUUGUUCAUACAUUAAAAAUACCUAAGUUGAAUUUUGGAAUUUUCUAUUAAUAUAGUAUUAUGAAUAAUUGAAGUACAGAUAUACUUAUGUACUGUAAACCAGUAAACAUAGUGGACCUGAAUCCUAUUAUAUUUUAAGUAUUUUCUCUAGUACUAAGAUAAUUAUUGUGGCUUAUGGCUUUGAUCACAUUUAACUUACCAACGUGUACAACUUUUACUGGUUUGGCAUACCGUACUGUACUGUAUAAAACAACUAAAUAUGUUUUAUUUUCCCAGCUUUCAGUUUACUUGCUUUUGUUUUCACAAACAUUUGUAAAGUACUUAAGAAAUAUAUUGUACCUGGUUGUUGUCUUGUAAAUUUUGAGUUUGUGAAAACUUAUUGAAGUCAAUUUAUCUUUUUUAUAAUUUCACAAGACAUGAAAGUUGUAAUUGGUUUCAUCAACUUUUGUAAAUAACAGUAAAGUACAGUAUGUAUGUUUAGGUGUUACCUAAGAACUAAAGUCAUUUACAAACAUUUGCUGCUGUGUCACAAGUAGCUUGGCCACCAUACAGCACAUACUGUACAGCAUCAGUCACUGCUGUAAUAAAUUUAACUUCCAGAAAACUUGAGUCCUUAAGAUAAUUAGGAACUCCUUUUGGAAUAAAUGUUUACCCAUAUGUCAUUCUUCUAUAUUUCUUUUGUGUUUCCCCAAUGAUUUUGUGCUAAAAAUUACCAUGUCAGAUUUUGAUAAUUAUUUUAUUUACCAUGUUCUUGGUCUGUGUGACUACUAAUACUAUGCUUGAUUAUGCUGCACAUAAUCGUUCACACAGUAUGUAAGGUAUGAUCGGUCUCUUAUUCAUAAAACUCUGUCACUAGUUUAUAACUGAAAUGGAAAUUUUACAAGAAGGGAAGAGUAUUCUGAGUUGGCUUGUUGCAAAAACCAGUAAAACUGAUUUUAAUUAUUAAUGUGUGUUAACAACUUUGAACAAUUUUGUGUGUUUUGAGUUCAUCUUGCAACCUGUGACAGUCUUAGUGCAAUGUGUAUGUAUUUAUAACUGGUGUAAAUUAAAUAAUAUGCUUUCUUUUUGCAACAUUCUUUUAAAUAAUUGUCUUGUCAGUGUUAGUAAUAACACACCUUAACAACAUUAUUAAAAGGGCAGGCUAAUCAUAGCUGUAACAUUGUCUUGUAUACUGCUGUGUUAUUUAAAGAUACAAUACAAGACAAAUAUGUGUUUUCUAGAAAAAAAUUUUGCUAAUGUUAUUUGUAUAAGAAGUUUGAAAAAUCGUGAACUCUUUCAUAGCAGCUCUUAAACCUAAUGUCACAAGCAGCUUUGUCUAAUAAUGCUUUCCUAAGUUAAUUUUCAUGUUGUAAUUAAGGUGGAAGGUGAAAACCCAGUUUACAAUUAUUAUCACGAUAUACUGUAUAAACCAAACAAAUGUUUUACUUCUUGCAUUGCUGUAAUGAGUUUUAGCCACUUUGGAAAGUGAGAUUACUGAAUGAGUAUUUUCUUAUUGAACCAUACCAAACUGUUUCAUACAAGACCUGUCCAUUUUUUCUGUGUUGUGUUCAAUCUUUGUGUGAUAUUGGUGCUGAACUAUUGAGCAAGCUGUGGUUGUUGAUAUUGUAGGUUUUGAAACCAGACAGAAUUGUCAAAUGAUUUGUACAUAAGUACUAACUGUUUAUUCUAAGAUGAUUUUGAACAAGAGUGCAGCUUCUCAGUGAUGAACUGUUGCUCCUUUCUGAUGCCGAGGGCAGCUAUGGUUACAAUGUUAAUAUGAGGUUGAGUGUAAAGUUUUUAUCAUUUAAGUGACGUCUGUGUACAGGCUGGAACUCAAUAUGUAUACCUCUAGGAAAUAGAUUAGAAUUUGAUGUGAGGACUAAGUUGUAACUGAUAGUAUUCAGUACAGUGUUCAAAGUUGUUCCUAGAAACUCACAAAGGUGCACAACCAUUAUUUCUAAUUUCUUAUGUCGAGCUAUUUUUUGUGCUUACCGUGGAGGUAAAUCUAACUCCUUGUAAAUUAAAGUUUAUAUGCUACAAGAUUAUAUACAUUGUCAUUACGGUCUGCAAGUUUGUGUAUUGUUUCACAGUUGUCAACUUUUAGUAAACAUGCUAUCCAGAGUUGAUAGGAAACAAGAUGGAUGUAAGUGUAUCAUUGGAUUAUUAUGUUCCAUAAUCGAAUGUUCUUCAUAAAAUACAAUACCCUUUGGCACUGGUACUUGGAGCCCUGGUACCAGAAGACAAAGCAAUUAAUUUACAUAACGCCCAUAACUUCUCAUCCAGUGCUUCUGUGAAUACAUCAUACUGUUUUUCAUUUUAACUUUAUUGCUUAAUUGCUUCCACACAUCAGUUCUGCAUUCAUAAUUUCCACAGUUUUUGUGUAAAUACUGUACCUCUUCUGCUCUAGUAGUGAUCCUGUAGUUGUGGAUAUGACCUGUAGAAAAUGUUAGUGAUUUAUUUUUCUAGUAAACAAGUAGUAUUUGUUUCAGUGACCUACUGUAUCAAGUUUUUCAAUACUUAAAAUAAACUUUCUAUGUA